AUGAAGUUGCUGCUGUUGUUGCUGCUGAUGGAGCGAGUUGCAGCUCAACAGAGAGGUUUGUUCCCGGCCAUCUUGAACUUGGCCAGUAACGCAGUGAUCAGCAGUAACGCCACGUGUGGAGAUCCAGGACCUGAAGUUUACUGUAAGCUGGUGGAACACGUUCCAGGACGACAGAUCAAGAAUCCACACUGCCUGAGAUGUGACGCCAACUCCGUUCUGACCAAAGAACAACAUCCCAUCACCAACGCCAUCGAUGGGACAAAUCACUGGUGGCAAAGUCCGAGUAUCAAGAAUGGACGUCAGUUUCACUGGAUCACGAUAACACUGGACCUCAAACAGAUCUUUCAGGUCGCCUAUAUCAUCAUCAAGGCCGCUAACUCUCCUCGACCAGGUAACUGGAUCCUGGAGCGCUCUCUGGACGGCGUGACCUUUGACCCCUGGCAGUUUUAUGCCAUCAGUGACUCUGAGUGUUUGUCUCGUUACAACAUGACGCCGAGACUCGGGCCUCCGACCUACAAGACCGACACAGAGGUCAUCUGUACGUCCUACUACUCCAGACUGAACCCCCUGGAGCACGGAGAGAUUCACACCUCACUGAUUAACAGCCGACCCGGAGCCGAUGAUUUGACCUCUGACCUCCUGGACUUCACGUCAGCUCGUUACAUCCGACUGAGGCUUCAGCGAAUCAGAACGCUCAACGCCGACCUGAUGACGCUGAGCGCCCGCGACCCCCGAGAGAUCGACCCCAUCGUCACCCGGAGGUAUUAUUACUCCAUCAAAGACAUCUCUGUGGGCGGCAUGUGCAUCUGUUUUGGCCACGCCCAGAGCUGCCCACUGGACCCUGUUAGCAAGAAGCUGCAGUGUGUGUGUGAACACAACACCUGUGGAGAGAGCUGUGACCAAUGUUGCCCCGGUUACCACCAGCAGCCAUGGCAACCCGGAACCGUCUCCGAGGGGAACACCUGUGAGAAGUGUAACUGUCACAACAAAGCAGUGAACUGCUUCUACAAUCAGACCGUCUCUGAACUCUUUCUGAGUUUAAACACUCGUGGUGUUCGUGAAGGAGGCGGAGUCUGUGUCACCUGUCAGCAACACACGGCCGGCAUCAACUGUGAGACCUGCACCGCCGGAUACUACAGACCUGCUGAGGUAUCUCCGUACUCAGACGCUCCUUGUGUCCAGUGUAACUGUGAUCUGAGAGGAUCAGAGUCUUUCGUCUGCACCAGAGACGACACGCAGCCAGGUGUGUCUGCAGGACAGUGUGUGUGUCAGCAGGGUUUCUCAGGUAAACGGUGUGACCGCUGUGCGUUUGGAUACAGAGACUUCCCUCAGUGUGCGCGCUGUGAGUGUCACCUGCCGGGCAGCACCAACACGGACCCCUGCAGCCCCUGUACCUGCAAGGUGAACGUGAUGGGGGCUCACUGUGACCUGUGUAAACCAGGUUUCUACAACCUGCAGGAGAGUCACCUGCUUGGCUGCACCGACUGUUUCUGCUUCGGUGUGUCCGACGUCUGUGAGAGCUCGUCGUGGUCCAGAGCUCAGGUGUUUCAUACAGAUGCUUGGCUCCGACCCUCUCCGUCUCUCCACCCCCCCCAUGUUGUCCACGGCAACGACCUCAUCAUCCCCAACAACUAUUCUGGCCACGCCCACCAGGUGCUGUCGUGGGCGUUCCCGGAAGGUUUUCUCGGCAACAAGCUGGUUUCCUACGGAGGUUCCCUGAACUACUCGGUGGUUUAUGACGUCCCGUUGGAUAAUGAAGACCAUUCUCGCCCCACUCAGUCCGACAUCAUCAUUGAGGGAGACGGUCGAGCUCUUCGUUUCUCGCCUCCCGUCCUAGUCUUCCUCUCCGGGCUGGCCGAGCGCCCGGUUACCAUGACGAUGGCCCCGGAGACAUUUGUGGACGUCCGCUCGGGCGUCCCCGUCACCCGGGAUGACCUGCUGUCCGUCCUGGCCGACGUGACGUCACUGAGCGUCCGGGUUCACUUAAACACCUCCGCCGAGGGGUCCAUCCGUCUCUCUUCAGUGUCUCUGGACAUCGCUGACCCUGGUUCAGUUUCUGGUCGUCAGGCGGUUGAUGUGGAGACGUGUGAAUGUCCGUGGGGUUACAGCGGCACUUCCUGUGAGUCGUGUCUUUCAGGGUUCUACCGGGUGGGUGGAGUCCUGUUUGGAGGGAACUGUAUGCAGUGUGAGUGUAACGACCACGCCACCGACUGUGACGCCAACGGGGUCUGUUUGGCUUGUACCCACAACACCACCGGUCCUCAGUGUGAGCGGUGUCUCCCUGGUUUCCACGGCGACGCCAGCGAGGGGACAGCGGGCGACUGCCGGCCGUGUGCGUGUCCUCUGACGGAGACGUCCAACAGUUUCAGCCCCACCUGCUCGCUGGACGCCUCCGGACAGGUGUCAUGUGACCGCUGUGGGGACGGAUACACGGGACGCACCUGUGAGAGGUGUGCCAGCGGCUUCCAUGGUAACCCGCAGGUGUUGGGCGGGGCCUGUGUCCGCUGCGAGUGUAGCGGCAACGUGGACGUCGGGGAGGCGGGACACUGUGACACCGUCACUGGUGAGUGUCUGCGUUGUCUCGGCAACACCGCCGGGAGACACUGUGAGGUCUGUCAGCCCGGUUACUAUGGCGACGCCGUGCAAGCUAAGGACUGUCGGGUGUGUGGCUGUGAUGUCAGCGGCUCCCUCUCCAGUGUGUGUGAUGUCACCACAGGUCAGUGUUCCUGCAGAGAGAACGUGACGGGACUCACCUGCGACCGCUGCCAGUCUGGGUCUUUCGGGCUGCAGAGUCAGGCGGGAUGUCGGGCCUGUGGUUGCAACCAAUCAGGAUCCGUCUCUGAGUCAUGUGACGAGGGGGGGCGGUGCCAGUGUUUGGAGAGUGUGUCCGGAGACGUGUGUGACCGCUGUAGCCGUGGUUACUACGAUUUCCGUGCCAACGGCUGCACAGCAUGCACCUGUGAUGUCACUGGAGGGAACUGCGACCCUGAGAGCGGCGAGUGCAUCUGCCCCCCCCACACACAGGGAGACACCUGUGACAGGUGUGAGACAGGUUACUGGGGUCACGACCCCAUCACAGGCUGCAAGGCUUGCGGCUGCGUGGCGUCAGGAAGCUCCGCCCCUCAGUGUGAGCUGACCAAUGGGCAGUGUCCGUGUAGAGGGGAGUUCUCCGGCAGGUCAUGUGACCGGUGUGGCCCUGGGUACCAUGGUUACCCAGCAUGCUCGGCAUGUGGCUGCGACCCGACGGGAUCAGACGAGAAGUUCUGCAACGCCACGCUGGGAGUGUGUGACUGUCUACACACCGGGGAGUGUGUGUGCAAGGUGGGCGUGUCCGGGCGGCGCUGUGAGGAGUGCGUCUCCGGCCGGUUCGCUCUGUCGGCUCAGAGUCCAGACGGCUGCUCCUCGUGUUUCUGUUCAGGACUCAGCUCGGCCUGUGAGGAGCAGGGAGGCCUGCAGCGAGUACCUAUCGCUCGCUCUCCUGCUCUGCUGUCAUUGGUCAGCCAGUCUCACCUGCAGGGUGUAGUUUCUGGAGUCCACCAGCAGGGCGGCGAUGCGCUGCUCGAUACCCGACAGCUGAACAGCAGCCGGCUGGUUGGCCCACUGUACUGGAGACUGCCCCCCCGGUACCAAGGCCCGCAGCUGCUGUCGUACGGAGGUCUGCUGUCUUACAUCGUCACCUUCUAUGCUGAGGACGGCUCGGGGCUGUCCAAUCAAGAGCCUCAGGUGCUGAUGAGGGGCGGGGCCUUGAGGAAGCAUGUGAUAUACACUGACAUGCUCGCCCCGAGCAACGGCAUCGGGGAACUGCACAACAUCAGGUUGACAGAGCACAAGUGGAAGUACUUUAAUUCCGUAUCAGAGAAGUCGGUGAGUCGCGAUGACUUCAUGUCCGUCCUCAGUGACGUUGAGUACAUCAUCAUCAAAGCUUCAUACGGGACCCGACUGCAGCAGAGCAGGAUCUCUAACAUCACCAUGGAGACGGCGGUGGAGGCGGAGUCAGAUGAGGGGGAGGUGGCCAGACUGAUCGAGUCCUGCACCUGUCCACCUGGGCAUGCCGGGCUGUCCUGUCAGGAGUGUGCUGCAGGUUUUUUCCGUCAGCCUCUGUCUGAGUUGUCUUCUAAGAGUCAGAGGUCCCUGUUUGUUCGUCCGUGUGUUCGAUGUCGCUGCAACAACCACAGUGAGAGCUGUGAGGCGGAGACUGGAGCCUGUCAGGACUGUCAGCAUCACACUAGUGGGCGGAGCUGUGAGCUGUGUGCCCCGGGGCAUUAUGGGAACGUCAGUGGCUCCAUCAGCGACUGCUCACUGUGUGCCUGCCCCCUCGUGAACAACAGUUUCAGCCCCACCUGUGUGUCAGAGGGUGGGGUUGGUGGUUUCCGCUGCACCGCCUGUCAGAAGGGAAACGAGGGCAGAUACUGUGAGAGGUGUUCUGCUGGUUACUAUGGCAACCCAUCACUGCUAGGCGGUGCUUGCUCGCCGUGCGGCUGCAGGUGGGGGUCGCUGAGGCCGCUGUGCGACGUGCUGAGCGGACAGUGUGAAUGUAAGGCCGGGGUCAAAGGUCAGUCAUGUGACCAGUGUGACGAGAGGCACGUCCUGCAGGGUGGAGAGUGUGUGUCGUGCGGUGACGAUUGUUCCGGGGUUCUGUUGGACGACCUGGAAAAAAUACACAACCACUUCCUGUCUGUCAACCUGAGCGCUGUUGCCAUGGCACCGUACCGCCAACUGGUGCUGCUGGAGAACCUGACCAGAGAGAUCCAGGUAAACAUCCAGGUGUUUUCAGGAAACAGCUCUGUCGCUCUGCGUCUUUCAACAGUCGAAGACGAGCUCCAUCACUUGACCUCCGACCUCAGCGCUCUGCUAGAGCAGGUUCCACGUCUGUCGAAUGACCUGGAGAAAGUGGGCGUGUCCAUAAACAACAGCCUUUCCCAGGGUGCACUGCUGCUGGAGAGCAUCAGCAGCCUUCAGGAGAACAUCCAGGGUCUCCAGAGGGAGGCGGGGCAUCUGAACCAAACCGAAGUUCAGGAGUUUGAUUCAGCCAAUCAGACACAUCUGCUGGAGGAGGUGGAGUCCAUGUUGGAAACCAUCAAAGCCGCCAACCUAACGGCUGCCAACGCCUCGGCCAAUCAGGAGCUCAGUCUGGCAGAGUCUCUCGUCCACUCACUGCAGGUGGACUUCCUGUCCAGCAGGGCGGCGGUAGAGGACAGGCUCCGCCUCCUUGCCACCCCCCUCACAGUUGCCAAGGAAACGCUGCAACACGCUCACACACAGCUGAGCAGUGCUGAACAACGAAACGCACAAACACACACUCUGCUGGACGCCGCACACACUCAACUACGCCACUACCAGGCUCUCCACCACUCUCUGCUGGUGGACGGGCUGAUGGAGGACAGUCAGCUGCUGCUGGACGACGUCCUGACGGAGGAGUUCACCAACAGCACCACGCAGGGGGAGGAGCUUAGCGGGCAGCUGGAGCGCUGGCGCCCCCUGCUGAGGAGACAGGUCGACGCGCUGGUGAUCGGACUGAAGAGGACCGACGCCUUGGAGAGGGUCUACCAGGCAGAAGGCCACGCCCACCUGCUGCAGAGCCACGCCCACUCCAUUCACAGCUCUCUGGCGUCGGUGUGUAACGUGUCUCAGAAUGGCAGCCGAUUGGCUCUGCUGGACAGUGACAUCACAGAACGCGUUGACUCCGCCCAGCAGGUUGCUGUCAUGGCCCAUAGCUCCGCCUCCCUCACGCUCAACAUGACCAUCCAAUCAGAGUGGCUGCUGCCACAGGAGGGCGGAGCCAAACUGAGCGUCAGCGCUGCUCUUUUAGAAGGAAGUAGACGACUCAACGAGUCGACAGAAGCGCUGCAGUGGAACGCUUCCACGGUAACCAGCAGGCUGCGAUUGGUCAGAGACGGCGUCUAUAACUGCAGCCUCCUCCUCCGGCAGCCAAUCAGAGAGCUGCAGAGCCUCCCUAACGCUUCGUCCACAGCGCUGCAGCAGGCUCGCAUCCAAGCUGCAGCUGCACAAUCCGGCCUGCAGGAGGCACUGCAGCGGCUGCACAGACUCAGGCUGCAGCUGCAGGACUCUUCUUCUGUGGUGGAAGAAACCAGCAGCGCCGUGAGGGAGACCAACCAGCUGGUGACUCACACACACACUGCAGCCAAUGAGGCGCAGCGUAAACUGGAGGAGGUGGAGCAUCGUACGGUGCGUCUGAUGGAGCGGAUAAAGCCCCUGAGCAUGCUGGGAGAAACGCUGAGCAGGAACCUUAGUGACAUCAGAGAGCUGAUCGAUCAGGCCAGAAGUCAAGCGGCCUCGAUCAAGGUGGCGGUUCAGGCCGACAGGGACUGCGUGCGGUCCUACAGCCCUCAGACCGAGUCCAGUAACUUCAACACUCUGAGUCUGACACUGAAGACCUCCAGUCCUGACAACCUGCUCUUCUACCUGGGCAGCAACACCACGGUGGACAUCCUGGCGGUAGAGAUGCAUGCUGGGAAGGUGUCUCUGGUGUGGGACGUGGGCUCCGGAAGCAGCAGACUGGAGUUUCCUGGACUGGACAUCACCAACAACAGAUGGACUAGAAUCAACGUGACCCGUUUCGGGGCCCGCGCGUCGCUGUCGGUCCACCAGUUGGAGUCUGAGUCGGCUCCGUUGCCCGCGGUGAUGGCGACGUCACCUGGACCGUCCCGAGUUCUGGACAUCGACGGGAACACCGUGAUCCGCAUCGGAGGACUGGGGUCCCACAUCCAGAGCCCUGCAGAGCUGCGCUCCUCCACCUUCCAGGGAUGUUUGGGCGAAGUGUCGCUCAACGAGAGGAACGUCGGCCUGUGGAGCUACGACAGCAGAGAAGGGCAGUGUGGAGGCUGCUUCAGCAGUCCCCAGGCAGAGGAGACCUCCUUCCACUUUGAUGGAUCUGGAUUCUCAUUGGUCCAGAAGUCUCUGCGAGCGACCUCCACCUCCAUCGUCCUUCUGUUUAAAACGCUGUCGCCGGGCGGGUUACUGCUCUACCUGGCCUCCAACAACACUAGGGACUUCCUGUCCAUGGAGUUGGUGGAGGGCCGUGUCCGUCUGACCUUCGACCUUGGCUCAGGUGCUCUGAUCCUGACCUCCAAAAGGAAGUACAACACCGGAGUCUGGUACAAGAUCACACUGCAGAGGAGCAAACGCAAAGGUUACCUGUCCAUCAUGGCAGCCGACCAAUCAUCAAACAAGGAGGUGUUGGAGGCGGAGUCUCCUGGAACGGCCUCCGACCUGAACCGCUCCGACUUGGACCCGAUCUAUAUUGGAGGACUUCCUGCCUCUCGACCAAUCAGGCGACAGGUGGUCUCCAGGUCCUACGUGGGCUGCAUGAAGAACGUGGAGAUCGCUCGGUCCAACUUCGACCUCCUGAGGGACGCCUUCGGGGUCAGGAAGGGCUGCGUCCUCGAGGCCGUGCGGAGCGUGUCGGUGUUCGGAGGCUUCGUUCAGAUUGAUCCUCCAUCACUGGGUCAGGAGGCGGAGCUUCUCUUCUCCUUCUCCACCAACAACCAAUCAGGAGUCCUGCUGGCUGUCUUCAGUGACGAGCGAGCACAGAGACAGCACUUCCUGUCGGUCCACCUGGUCUCAGGUGCGGUGGAGGCGGAGCUUGGUGAGAUGGGCGGGGCUACUCGGAGAGUGGCGGUGGUGAAGGCAGAUGGAGGAUCCUUCAGUGACGGAACAAAGCGCGCCGUGAUCAUCACCAUAAACAGGAAGUCUCUGUCCGUGCAGGUGGACGAGAAACACCUGAAAUCCGUCUCCCUGUCGUCGGGUGGAUUGUCUCGUUUGUCUCCAGCCUCUUUCUUCAUUGGUGGGCUGCCAUCGGGGGAGGAGUCUCGUCUGCCAAUGAAAUUACAGGCAUUGUCCAGAAGCUUCAGAGGCUGCAUUCAACACCUGGUGGUGGGCGGAGAGUUAGUCGACCUAUCAGGCGCCGUGAGGUAUGAAGGGGCGGAGCUUGACAGCUGCCUAUUGAAAGAGAAGGUAGGGGGGGCGAUGCUGCCUGAUGACCAGGAUGUAGAACCCACUCCUGACCCCGCCCACCUGCCUGUCACCCCCCCCACACACCUGAGUGCCUUGAAACCUGGAGCACUAACGUGCGUGUCGGAGGCGGAGCCAACCUUCCUCCCGUCAGCGGUUCAGUUUGGUUCGUCCAAACACAGUCACAUGACCUUCAUCAUCAGCCCCAACACCGUCAGAAGAAGCGUGUCCGUGAGGUUGUCGGUUCGAAGCCGAGCUCGGGAAGGGUUGGUCCUCCUCGUCUCCGACUCCAAACAGAUGGACUUCGUCGUCCUCAAACUGACUGCUGGGAGACUGAUGAUGUCAGUCGACCUGGGCAAAGGCCCCGCCUCCAUUACCUCGAAUGUCGCCAUCAACGACGGAGAGUGGCACACUGUGAGCGGCGAGGUCAGCCGGCGGUCGGUGUCGGUGUCGUUGGACGGGUCGAGUCCGGACUCCGUGUCCAUCAAAGGAAACCAGCUGGAUGUGGACAACCGACUUUACCUGGGAGGACUGCCACACACACACACCACCAGGAGGAUUAAUGCCAGCAGCAGUUUUCCAGGUUGCGUUCGCUCUGUCAGUCUGAACGGUGCCAUGUUGGAUCUGUCCAAGCCGGCCUCGAAGCACGAUGUCACUUCCUGUUUCACCAAUGACCAGACAGGAAGUUACUUCAACGGCAGUGGAUACGCCGCCCUCAUGCCUAAUGGUUAUAAGGUCGGCUCUGACGUAUCGGUGUCUCUUGAGUUUCGAACGAGCCAAUCAGAAGGAGUGUUUCUGGGAAUCAGCAGCGCGAAGGUGGACGCCAUCGGACUGGAGAUGAUCAAUGGACAGGUGGUGUUUAACGUGAAUAACGGGGCGGGGCGAGUGUCAGUGCGUUCGGUUGGUCACAUGUUGUGUGACGGGCGGUGGCACCACCUGCUGGCCAGUAAGACCAAACACACCCUGAGUCUGACUGUGGACCGGCGGAGCUACACCACCACCAACCCUUACCCACAAUCCACCUCUGCUGAGACCAACAACCCCGUUUACCUGGGAGGCUUUCCAGUCGGGGUGAAACAGAACUGCCUGUCAAUCAGCUCCAGGUUCAGAGGUUGUCUGAUGAACCUGCAGCUCGUUAAGUCUCACCUGAGUGACACACUGGACCUGAGCUCCGCCCACUUCCUAUUGGGUGUCACUCCUAACUCGUGUCCUGUUGCCAUGCGACGCCCAGCCGUGCUCUGA